CCACUAAUUCAGUUUCUAACCCAUUUCCCCAUUUCCUAUUAUCAAUUCUUUCCCCCAAAUUUCUUCCUUAUAAAUUAGGGAUUGUUUGUGAAUUUUUUAGAAACUCGAUUUUGUCAUCCGCAAGCAGUGGUGCUGAAAAUGGUGAAGAAAAAAACCAUUGAAAUUCAAUUAAGGAGUUCAACACCAAAGAAGUUAGCUAAAGCAUCAGCAGAGCCAAAUGUUACUCCAAGACUUAUUUCUAAAGCUACGAAUAAUCUGAAUUCAAGUUCUAGAAAUGUUGUCCUAGAUUUUGGUGAUGAUCCUAAGCCAACACAGCCAACUCAAGCAAGUGGUGGUGACAAUUUACAUGUGGGAGGCAGUCAAGGAAUUGUUGAUCUUCAAAAUGAUGUGGAACAAGCUCGUUUCUGGACAAAAGCUUCAAAAAAAGUCAUUAAUUUAGAGGAAGCUUUUAAGGCAAUGCAGGAGUCAGUUUGUAAUUUGGACAAUUGGGGAGAGGACGAAUGUCAUCCUGAAGAUGCACCAUGGACUCAACCACUUUUAUAUAGUGAGAGUGAAGAUGCUAAGGAGUGGUCUGAGUUCUGUAAUAACUUUAAGGAAGUUGGUCCUGGUGGUCCUUCUGUGCGAGGUGACCGAUAUGAAUUUGGUGACCAAGAAGGCAGUAGUGAAGACGAUGGAUACGAGCAGUUGUUGGAGACGGACGAUGAAGCUGAAGGUAAUGUCAAUAAACUUAGGUCCUGUAGCAAGUGCAAACAAACUGGUCACAACAAAACUACUUGUGGGGGUGGCGCAGUUGGUUUAAAUCUGAAGGCAAAGAGACUUAGAACUGAGGUAGAUGGUCAGACUUUCACAAGCAUUAACUAUAAUCACGGUCAAAGCCGCACUGGAAAACGUAAGAAUAAUGGCAACAACAACAUUAAUCUUGCUGAAUCUUCACAACCUGGAGGAUCACUAGUUGAUUAAUGGGGAAAGCGUUUAUCAUUAGUUUCAGUUUUUAUUCAGUAGGACUUCGUAAGACUUCUGUUUGUUGCAUGUUUUAUUUGGUUGUUUUAAGAUUUCUGUUAGAGGGUCUUGGGGAGUUUUUUUUCCGCUUUUUCUCGAUCAAUCCCUCUUUUAGGAAUUAGGUUUUGUAUUUUUCUUAUCUCAUUAUUUAGUAUCUUCAUAUCAAAACUACUUGUUUUAGAAUAUGUCUAUCUACUUUUAUUUACAAUUACUUUUAUUUACAAUUUUCAACUGAGUUCGGUUCAUAAACAGUCUUAAGGUUGUUU